CGGCAGUCGACCAGCGACAACCUGCACACCCCUUCUAAUCUCGCGAACAUGAAGACUUUCUGCGAAGUGUGCACCACUAACCCCGCAGCGCUCGUGUGCUGCUCCGACGACGCGGUGAUGUGCGGCUCAUGCGAUGAGAGCAUUCACUCGGCCAACCCCGUCGUUCGGAAGCACGAACGCGUUGCCUUCAAGUCCACCUCGGAGAAGCCCAACUGCGAUAUCUGCCAGGUGAACCCUGUGUACGUCGUCUGCCACGAGGACCGCGCGUUCCUGUGCCGUUCUUGCGACAUUUCGAUUCACUCCGCCAACGACCACGUCGCCAAGCACCAGCGCUUCCUCAUGACUGGUAUCACCGUUGAGCUUGACGCUGUUGGCGCUACCGCAAAGGAAGGUGAGGUGGCAGAGACUCCCGUGGUUACUCAGCCCCCAAUGGCGAAGAAGGCAAAGGGCACCAAACGCAAGAUCGAGCAGCAGUUUCAGGCACCGUCUGCAAACUCUGAGGACGGUCUUGUUCCCAGCAUGGGCGGUGCUGAGGCGGCUGCUGACCCUAUGGCGAGCGAGGAGGAGUUCAACUCGUUUGUGCAGGAUUUCUUAGGAAACACAAAGGAGGGCAAGGAUGUGAACAUGUCGGACUUCCUCGACAACUUUUUCGACGACAUCCCUGCCGGGAACGACUUCGGUGUCGUACCUGUCAUGUAAAUACUGCAGGAUAUCAGGGGAUGGGAUUUUUCAAAAAUAGCGCGCGCAGGGGGGGUUGCUGCGAGCUCAAUCACGCGAGGAGCUCAAGUGUACAAGAUUCGACAGGGGAAAUGCCCACAUUGUUUUGAUAUAAUUUUUUUUGGCAC